UUUUUCGAAGGCGCAUUUCGAUCCUUAUCAUCUUCGUUCGCAUAAUUCAUGUUCAUUUGCCACGCUUUCCCGACAAUUGUUUACUGUUGUUUACAAGAAAACUGGAUCGUUUUGACAGUUUAAUUUAAUUAAACCUCUGAGAGAGAGAGAUUGCGUAUAUUUUUUUUUCUUGUUCGCAAGAUGAUUAGCGAGAAUUUUACGCGCAAUUGGAAUGACAACUGAACUGCAUGUUUAUAUGCAGCCUUUUUUCCUCGACGUAACGCACAUAUUUUUGCGCUUUUAAUAGAUCUGUCUUUCGUUUCGAUGACAUGUUGCCAAAUGAUACGUUUGACAACCGGAACUUUAAAAACUGCGUUUUUUCGGGACGAUUCUGCGCUUCCUCGACUCACGAAGUUGCGAGAGCAACCUGUCCAGGGAUGAAUGCUCGCUGAGGAAUUGCCUGAGACACUAGAAAGAUCCUUGGAACAUGGAUCAGAUCAUUGACAUGGAGGACGUCGAGGACGGGAUGCGUCCCUCCAAGAGUUCAUCAGUUGUCAGUUGCGUCAACUCCAACUCUAUAUGCUACGUCGCGAUUACAAUCGCGACCCUGGCCUUCCUCGGCGCCAUAGUCUUUGUCUGCAGGGACUACAUCAAAGUCCUCCUUCACUGGAUUGAGCAUCAGAACGGCUGGAUGAUCGCCGUCAUCUUUAUAGGCCUGUUCACCGUGGUCUCCUUCCCCAUUGUCAUCGGCUAUCUCUUCCUGAUCGUCGCCAGCGGCUAUCUGUUCGGUGCUGUACACGGCAUAGCAAUCGUGAUACUCUCCGCGAAUCUUGGGAUAGCCAUAGCUCACGUCACCCUGGGACUGCUGUCCACCAGGCUGCCGAUAGGCGCUCUUUUGCAGAGCGACACGGCGAAGGCGAUACUCCGCGUCAUCUCCGGCCCUCAGGCCUUCAAGAUCGUCCUCUUCGCGCGACUCACCCCGAUCCCGUUUGGUCUUCAGAACACUAUUUUUGCGGUGAGCAACAUAGGUGGUUUUCAUUACCAUAUAGCAAGCGCAAUAGGUUUGCUGCCAGCGCAAUUAAUCAAUGUGUACUUGGGCAGCAGUUUGAGGUCGAUGCAGGAUGUCCUGGAGGACAGAUCCACGGCCGCGACCGGCUACGUAGUUUUUUGUUUCCAGAUAUUAGUGGGACUCUCUCUGAUGGUUUAUAUCGUUCAGAAGGCGCGAAAGGAGCUCCAGUUGACGUUGUUCAAAGCCGAUUUCGCGUCCAUGGCAAAUUCUCCUCAUUACAUUCUCGAUGGUCUGCCAGACUCCAAGAUAAUAUUAACAAAUCUAAUCGCGUAAAUUUGUUUACGCUGCAAUUAUUUAGGCGACUGCACAGAUUCCUUAUUACAAAUGGCCGGUAGAGCCGAAUAUUUUGGUCUCUUUUGUUAUUAUACAUAUAUUGCUACUGUUAUUUUUUCCCGUUCGACUCUUGUGUCUUCUUAUAUGAUACUUCCAGUUUUUCGCUAACUUAUCAGUGGUGCUUCUAAAAUCUAGGCUUUUGAAUCUUUCGAGUCCCAUUAUCAGGGACACGACACAUAUAUCAAGUCUUACCAAAGUUUUAACGUAAUUUUAGUAAUAAAUACAUAUAUAUAUAUAAUAUAUAUAUAUACACAUAAAGUUGAACGGAGCACGUGAUAUUAUAUCGUUGUAAGCACGUAUAUUUUCGUAAAAAUAAUUAAUGGACGCAGGGGAAAAUUAACGCAGCUGCAAAUUACGAUGUAUAAAGCUUCCUCGCAAUAAGAGUACACUAUAAUUUACAUAUAUUGCUCAUACACAUAUAUACACAUUUAACAUUAAUAAUUAGAGAGACUGAGAAACUUUACAGUUAUAUUUUUUACAUGUUAUCGAUCAAUUAUUGGUCUCUUUCAGUUCUUCGAAAAAAAUCCAUUGUUAACGCAAACCGUUAAUGUUUAUGCAUUUGUCCGUCUCUUCUCAUGCGAUAUAUAUUGCAUUUGUAUAUUAUACAUAUAUUUAUGUAUAAUGUAUAUAUAU